AUGAAAAACAUGUGCUACGAAACAGCUUAUCAAAUCGGUGAAAAUAUUGCAAUGAAAUCAACGAUGAAAAGUGCUGUGAUGACACCAGCAGAACCAGUUAGUCGCACUUAUCAAUACAGAAAAGUGAUGAAGCCAAUGCUUGAACGUAAAAGACGUGCACGCAUCAAUCGAUGCUUGGAUGAAUUAAAAGAAUUAAUGGUCACCGCACUUCAAUCUGAAGGUGAAAAUGUCUCAAAGUUAGAAAAAGCCGACAUUCUUGAAUUGACAGUGCGUCAUUUGCACAAGUUGCGACGUCAACAACGAUUAGUACAUGCAAACCCAGUGAUUCAUGAAGAUCGUUUCCGUGCUGGCUUUACACACGCUGCCAAUGAAGUUUCACGCAUUCUCGCAUCAAUUCCCGGAGUCGACAUUACACUUGGAACAAAAUUGAUGACACAUUUGGGAAUGAGUCUUAACUCAUUGGAUAAAAGCAAGCCUUUGUCAAUUCAAACCCAACAAACAAACAUGUUCACAACACCACCAAUUUCUCCAACAUCAUCGCUUUCAUCUGGAUAUAGCAGCAGUCGCGAGAAUGGUGUUAGCGUCAUUAUGACUACUCAACAACAUCAAACUACAUUGCGAACACCAACACCCACACAUGAAAGUUAUGAGCCAUUGACUCCAAUGUCAUCGCGAUGCAGUCAGUCAUCUUCACCACAACCCAUUGAUUAUCGUUCGUCGCCAGCUCCGACAACAACCGACUAUGGUUUAUUGAAAGUCAUCAACUUUGCGCAACCGCAAAUGAAAGCGCAAUACAUCGGCGUAAAGACUGCACCGUCAUCGGUUUGGCGACCAUUCUAA